AUGCUUCGAGUUGGCCCAAGCAAGAUCAGCCUUGAGGCUCGAGACCUGAAAUGGCACCAGGCAAAUAUUCAGAGACGGUUGAGCAAGCGCGCCCACGAAGCUGGACUCUACACAAAAGCGACCGUGACAAAUGACCCUGACCUCAAUCUUCAGGCGGAACGUUCUUUGACCAUACCUGCGAGAGCUCCUCUGACGCCUCCCACUCCCCCUACUGAAGUUGGAGAGGAAGAUGACGACGAAGACAUUAUCUCCAAGAAGCCUAUCCCUCCAGAGUCAAGCAAGUACUGGGAACAAAUUGUAGCUGAUGCUGGAGUCUCAGGCUCGGUCGAAAAUAUAUCUGCUGAGCCCUCAAUAUCAUUGAAGCACGCACGCCAAUCGCGAACAGCUUCGUCAGCAACCACUUUGAGCAACUCACUCAAUGAUUCCGACCAGGAGAACCAAGUUACAGGCGAAAAGCCACACGAAGGACCAUCAAGAUCCUCCGGCUCUCUCAAAUCUAGCCAUUUUCAUCAAGUGGAUGCCGAGUCCCUGGCGAGUAAGCAAAUACGCAAGUUUGCCAAGAGAAGUCUGUUUCCAUCCUUUCGUCACCGCAAACCGUGGAAUUUUGAUGGCCCGUACGAAACCAUGUCGCGAGCAUCCGCGCCCAUCCAAGAUGAGACAGGUGAAGAUUUGCAUGAUGACUUAUACGGCGAUUAUCAUGACCGUCGGACGUUCUCUACUAGCUGGCAAACAUUCGAAAGUGAACAAAGUAAUCGGAGUGCCCGUAGACAGAUGUCCACGACUUCAGUUACCGGAUCUCAUCCUAGCUUGCCCUCCCUCUUCAGUCCUGGCUUGCUAUCCCAACCACCUAGACGGCGACGAAAUAUGACGUAUAGACCUCCAACGGGGCUUCUCAAGCAGGUGGAGAACACGAUCUAA